AUGUUGAUCAAACCGUCCAAUCGCCCCAUCCGCAUCGCGGGCGCCUCGGGCUCCGUAUCCGACCGUCGCUUCGCCAUGGCCGCCUUCGCUCAUAAUUACCCCACAGAGCCCAUCGACGUGAUAUGUUGCGACUACAUGAGCGAAGGCACCAUGGCGCCGGCCGCCAUGAGGAAGGCCACGGACCCCGAAGGCACGCAACAGGCGCAUCAUCUGAUGGAUCCCGUCGGCCCGGCCUUCGAACGGACGUUCCUGGAAGCCCUCCAGCCCGCACUCGAGGACGUGAGCAAGUACGGAAUCCGCAUCGCCGCCAACGCCGGGGCCAGCAAUACAAAGAAAUGCUACGAAGCCGUGGUCGCCAUGGUCAAGGAUAAGGGACUUGAUAUCCCGGUGGCGUGGAUCGAAGGCGAUGAUGUCCUGAGUGCGUUUCGAAAGGAUCUCGACAACGGCACCGGCGGGUUCAAGAGUCUCCACACGGGUCUCAGCCUCGCCGACUGGAAGACUUCUGGUUUCGAAGCCAUAGGCGCUCAGGCGUAUCUUGGUGGCAUGGGCAUCGCAGAGGCUUUCCGGCAAGGCGCGCAGAUUGUCGUCUGUGGUCGAGUGAGCGAUGCCAGUCCAUUCAUCGGUGCGGCGGCUUGGUGGCACAGCUGGAGUCGAGAUAUGCUGGAACCCAUUGCGAACGCCUUGAUCGCGGGCCACCUGCUCGAGUGCAGUACGUACAUCACCGGUGGCAAUUAUUCUGGCUUCCAGGCGCUCGAACAGUCGAGUUGGGGCUGGACCGAGCUGGGCUUCCCCAUUGGAGAGAUCAGCAAGGAUGGGAGUGUUGUGAUCACGAAGCAGAAGAAUACGCCGGGCGUGGUAACGGUGCACACGUGUUCCUCGCAACUACUUUAUGAAGUGCAAGGCGUGUGGUACUACAACAGCGACGUGACCGCCGUCCUCAGCGACAUCUGGUUCGAACAGAUCGGCGCGGACCGUGUAGCCCUCCGCGGCGUUCGAGCCCUUCCGCCCCCGCCGACCACCAAAGUCGGCAUCACGGCUUUGGGUGGCUACCAAGCCGAAAACAUGUGGUUCGCGACUGGCCUCGAUGUGCCCGCAAAGGCGCGCAUGCUGGAGCAGCAACUCCGAGCCGUCCUCGCCCCUUUCUCCGACAAGUUCACGCUGCUCAGGUUCCAGACCAUUGGCACACCGGGCGUGAAUGCCGACUCGCAGGACGCGGCGACGGUGUGCUUCCGCAUCUUUGUCCAGGCGAAGCGGCAGCAAGAUGUGGCGCCGAAGAAGUUCUUGCGACCAGUCACGGACAGCAUCAUGCAGUGCUACCCGGGCGGGACGUAUAAUUUGGACAUCAGACAAGGGCUCCCGAAGCCUUUUUACGAAUACUACGUCACUCUCCUGCCGCAGAGUGAGGUGAAACACGCCGUGCAUUUCAACGGCAAGACCACGCCCAUUGCUCCCCCUCCGAACACGAAGACGUUCCCCGAGCGGCCACCCUCACAAGCCACCACCGAAGCCAAGGUGGACCUCGCGUCUUUCGGCCCGACACAACGACUUCCACUGGGCACGAUCGCAUACGGACGCUCGGGCGACAAGGGCUCCGACGCCAAUUGCGGCCUCUGGGUGCGGCACGAAGACGAGUACGCAUGGCUGCGCAACCUGCUGUCCAUCGACAGCAUCAAAGCCUUGCUCGCCCGGGAGUACUGGAAUCCGCCGGCGCCGAAACCCACGCCAUUCAUUGAGCGCUGCGAGCUGCCGAACCUGAAGGGCGUGCAUUUCCUGUUCCGCAACUUGUUGGACCGGGGCGUGACGAGCACGAGCAGCAUUGAUUUCCUGGGUAAGAAUGUGGCCGAGUUCCUCCGGCAAAGGGAGGUGGAUAUCCCCACCCGGUUCCUGGCGAGGGGAAAGUUGUGA